GGCGGAGGGCUAUAUAAGGCGCGGGGCGGGCCGCGCUCUUUUGUCUCUGGCUGCAGCCGCAGAAGCAGGAGGCGUUGGGAGCGAGGCACCGCAGCGGGCGAGGGUUCUCUAGAUCCGAAGAUGGCAGACAAGCCCGACAUGGGGGAGAUCGCGAGCUUCGACAAGGCCAAGCUCAAGAAGACGGAGACGCAGGAGAAGAACACUCUGCCCACCAAAGAGACAAUUGAACAAGAGAAGCGGAGUGAAAUUUCCUAGAUCCCUGGUGAGCCGUGCACCUUGAAGGGACUCCCCACCCCCUUCCCCGGUCCUGGUUUCAAGGGAGCAUAGAUAGCCACCUGCAUUCUCCAUAUUCAGAGGCAAGAUGCGCAGGAAAGAGGGUCAGCGGCUUGGGCAGUUAGCUCUCCACGAAGGAUUCCUCGCUGGACUUCCAAAUCUUGAACUGCCACGUCUUAACCAGAUUGCCCUGUGAUGUUAUAGAAACUUAUUUGUAUGACUGAUGAAAAUAAAAAAAAGUUACAUUGUGAAA